GCGGCCGGCGGCGGCGGAGGCGGCUCCAGCAGCGUCGCCGGCGGCCGCGGCAGAAGCGCCCUGGCCCGCGGCAGGAAGAAGAAGAAAAAGAAGAAGCACCCCUUAGCCCUCAGCCUCUGAAAACUGCGAAGACAAUCUGGAAUAGCAAUACCCACUGUCGCUUUGCUGCCUGACGCCGUCUGCCCAGCAUCUGAAGUGAACCUCAAUCAUAAAUUGCUUUUUUUUUUUUGGCCCGGGACCAAGGCGUUCUGGAUUCUGUUGACUUGAGGCUGGAGAGAGACCGCGGUCUUGCUUGUUGUCGCCAACUUGCGAACCAGUGUGAUGGUGAAAUGAGAUGAGGCUCCGAAAUGGAACUGUGGCCACUGCGCUGGUAUUUGUCACGUCCUUCCUUACCCUGUCCUGGUAUACCACGUGGCAAAAUGGGAAAGAAAAACUAAUUGCUUAUCAACGAGAAUUCCUCGCUCUAAAAGAACGUCUUCGAGUGGCCGAACAUAGGAUAUCUCAGCGCUCCUCAGAGCUAAACACCAUUGUCCAGCGGUUCCGCAGAGCUGGAGCAGAGACUAAUGGAAGUAAGACUUCUCUGAGUUCAAUCUCAGAUAAUACCAUAAAGCUUCUAAAAGAGUUGACAAGCAAAAAAUCACUUCACGUGCCAAGUAUUUAUUAUCAUUUGCCUCAUCUAUUGCAAAAUGAAAGAAGCCUUCAGCCCGCCGUACAGAUUGGCAGUGGAAGAACAGGAGUUUCAAUAGUUAUGGGAAUUCCUACUGUGAAGAGAGAAGUUAAAUCUUACCUCAUAGAAACCCUUCACUCCCUUAUUGAUAAUCUGUAUCCUGAAGAGAAGCUGGACUGCGUUAUAGUUGUCUUCAUAGGAGAGACAGAUCUUGAUUAUGUUCACAGCGUUGUUGCCAACCUGGAGAAAGAAUUUUCUAGAGAAAUUAGUUCUGGCCUGCUGGAAAUAAUCUCUCCUCCUGAAAGUUAUUACCCCGACUUGACAAACCUGAAGGAGACCUUCGGAGACUCCAAGGAAAGAGUGAGAUGGAGGACCAAGCAGAACCUGGAUUAUUGUUUUUUGAUGAUGUAUGCUCAGGAGAAGGGCAUCUACUACAUUCAGCUUGAAGAUGAUAUUAUUGUCAAACAAAACUAUUUUAAUACCAUAAAGAAUUUUGCACUUCAACUUUCUUCGGAAGAAUGGAUGAUUCUAGAGUUUUCCCAGCUUGGCUUCAUUGGAAAGAUGUUCCAGGCACCGGACCUCGCGCUGGUUGUGGAGUUCAUCCUUAUGUUCUAUAAGGAGAAGCCCAUUGACUGGCUCCUAGACCACAUUCUCUGGGUGAAGGUCUGCAACCCCGAAAAAGAUGCCAAACAUUGUGACAGACAGAAGGCAAACCUACGAAUCCGCUUCCGACCCUCCCUUUUCCAGCACGUGGGUCUACACUCAUCUCUGUCGGGGAAAAUUCAGAAACUCACGGAUAAAGAUUACAUGAAGCCAUUGCUUCUCAAGAUCCACGUGAAUCCGCCUGCAGAGGUCUCCACUUCCCUGAAGGUGUACCAAGGGCACACCCUGGAGAAGACCUACAUGGGGGAAGACUUCUUUUGGGCCAUCACCCCCACGGCUGGAGACUACAUCUUGUUUAAAUUUGACAAACCAGUCAAUGUGGAGAGUUAUUUGUUCCACAGCGGCAAUCAAGAGCACCCAGGAGACAUCCUGCUGAACACGACCGUGGAUGUUCUGCCUCUUAAGAGCGACAGUUUGGAAAUCAGCAAAGAAACCAAAGACAAACGAUUAGAAGAUGGCUAUUUCAGAAUAGGAAAAUUUGAGUAUGGUGUUGCAGAGGGAAUCGUGGAUCCUGGUCUAAACCCUAUUUCAGCCUUUCGACUUUCGGUUAUUCAGAACUCCGCUGUUUGGGCCAUUCUUAAUGAGAUUCAUAUUAAAAAAGUCACCAGUUGAUCUGCUUAGAAACCAACGUCCUUUCUUAUGACUCUUGAUUAAAGAUAAUUAGCACGUCCUCUUCUGUUUGGACUUGAACACUACCUCUCCUGAAGCCUACUGUAGAUAAGAUGAUUGUCAUUGCCACGCGGACAGGGACUCUUCCCAUGGAUAACUGCAUUCAUUUGAAGCUAGGCUGUCCUCCAAUUUGAACUUGACACAAAUGUUUUACAAUCCUGACAGCCUGUUAACAUGACUGAGACUAUUUUGGUAUUAUACUAAUACACAAGAGUUGUACAUAUUGUUACAUUCCUUAAAAUUUGAGAAAACUGAUGUUAAAUACAUUUUGUGAAGGGGGUACUUUUGAACUUCACUUAUUUUACUAUUAUAGACCCUCUUUUAUAGACGAUCAGGGAUAUUAUAUAUAAAUAUAAAUAUAUAAAUACACAUGAAGAUGUUAUGAAGUUAAUUUAUUAGAAGCACUUAAGAAGUACAUAUUUUUGUGCAGUAAAGUUUUGAAUCAACACCUUUUUUUGAAGAAGCGAUUCCCCAGCUUUUUUAAGUUCUUUCUAUAUUUUUAUUUGGCGAUGCAGACAUUAUAGAUCCACGCCAUUUCCCAGUGCACUGCCAUUCCAGACUGGUUCUAGGUGGGUUUCUUAACUUGAAGUACUUUUAUAAUCACAGCAAUUCUGAACAAAAUAUUUUCAGAGGCAUUUGUCAUUCCUAAAAAUCAAGAUUUUAAAAGACCAAUGUCCUCUCGAGGGUUCUAUUACUGUCCUGUGUAUGGUGUGUAGCCACAGAAAACCAGUGUGCCAGUCAUUGUCCAGGUGGGAGGCCCCUGCCGCGUCUCCACAGACUCCUUCUCCCGUUCAUAGUUCCCUCCAUGUGAGUGAUGAGACUCCCUUUCCUUUGGCUCUGUCUUUAAUCAGUAGUUAGACAAACUGUCUCUUUUCUCCCUGGUUGGUCCUUUUAUAGACCUGUGGUAGGUUUUGGAGUUCAGAUACUGCUUUCUGGGUAAUGCUGUUGGGUGAGUCCUAUUGGGUAUGGGGCUCUGGGAAAAGACAACCAUAGCAUUUCUGUUUCCAUAGCAUGAUUUGCUCCACUGUGUCAUGAAUGUGGAGGUGAAUGCUGUAUCUACAGAGUGCGUGUGCAUCCUCACUUUGCAGUCCCAAGUAGCACUAGUUGGCAAAAGUGCUUUACUCUUACGGUUAGGAAGGCGGAGCAACAGUUGCCAGUCUUCUCUGACUCUCCAGGAGCUGCACAUGUCCAGCAGGUGUGGUGGAGGCCUAGGGCUGUCAGUCCCAGCUGGUGGCCUCCAUCGGGAGCUUUCUUAGUUGCCCAGUGUACAGAACACAGGGUACUGAGUGGAAGCCAUUUUGUAUGUUCUGACUGGGAAAAUGUAGAUAAACACUACUGUGCAUGUCAAAGCCCAGCUGUAGCUUUUCUUGGUGGUGUUUCCCCUCUCAUUUCCUUCAACUUUUUAAUUUCUUCUCUGAUUUCCUAUGCCCUGUGCCCACAAACAGAUCCCACUGUCUUCCCACACUCAAGUGUGCAGCAGCAGGGUAACAGACUGUGAAACCAUGCAGAUGGGUGCAGGGGCACCCUUAGGUCUCUGCUUUCUCGGUGGCUGUGAGUUCAGGCAGGCCAAGCUUUGAAACUCCUGUGGGCCGUGUGAAUGUCUCCAGUGUGGGUCUUUGAGCAUAUCCACUCAUCAGGCUCUACUCAUCAGUCUUGCCUCUAAGGACUCUUUUAGCCAAGUCCUUUCCUUCAUUCAAGGAAUUUCCCCUUUCCCCAUGAGCUAGUUCCUGGUGCCUGGAACACGCCUGAGCCUUGGCAGGCUUGGUUGGCAUCUGGAUGAGCCGAUUAACUAGCCAGGUUGCUCACAUCUCUCUCCUAGAGAUGUCUGCCUGCUAUCCUGCCAUGCACGGGCAUAUGCAACACACACACUCUGUGUCUAGUCUUCAUUGUGUGUGGCGUGUGUUCUCCAACACACUCCAGGCUCUGAAGGCAGCUCUCCUGUCUUCCACCACAUCAGUUGCUCUUUUGACCCCCCAGUGUUCGUUGCUUCCUCCUUUGUGUCCAGUUCAGCACUAGACUGUUGGAAACAGAUGUGCUUGCCCUAAGCAAGAUUUUGUGGGAGCCCUGGAGGUUGAUGAGGAUGAAGACUGGAGGAGGUGAAGACAGAGUGCUUAGAACUGCAAAGUGUUCAUGCAUAUUAUCCCUUGGAGGCCACCAACCAACUUUCAGCCACAUAGUGAAUAAGAAAAGUGCCAAAUGCAGUACUAAUUAUAUCUGUGAAAUAGGUCGAGGUUGGCAUCAGUGGGUUAUUUCACAUAGCCCAGACUCUAGAGCAGUGUUGGCCUCUACAGAAGCCACAAAACACAUCUGUUGGAAUGAAAAGUUGAGUUGGCAGCCUUUGGAGUGCUCAAUGGCCACAUGGCCAGCAGCCACCAUAUUGGAUCCUAGGAAUAUGGGACAUUGACAUCAUGGUGGGAGGUUCUGCUGGUCAUGUAAACAUGAGCAUUCUAGAAAGGAGUAGUAUCCUGCUGCUGUGGUUAAAAAUAGACCUAUGGAUUCAUCAUAGUGCAGGUGAAGGUGUGGAUUUUGGUGGAUUUUGGUGGGACGGCCAAGAUUACCCGGCUACAUGUUAGUGUCAGCCUUCUUCCCAGCAUGCUUUGUUUCAGGAUCCUCACGAGGUACAUUUGAAAAGCUUGAGAAGUGAAUGCAGAUGGAUGAUCUUGCUUGUAAAUUAGACGUAUGUUAUGUCCGUCAGAGUGUGUUUGAACAAAGGUUCUUGAAAUCAUUGGUUACAUGUAAAAAGAUUAGGUGUGCUUAUUUCAAAAGCUGUCAGGGAAGUUGGGAGACUAGACUUCUUUUUAAGUCUUUCAUGAUUGGCCCUAUUUUGAGAGUCGUGUCAGGCUGGUAGAAGUGAGAGAGAGCAGAAGCAGAACUCUAAACAGCAUCGCUGGUCUAAGUGGAAGGGGCUCCCCUAAAUGACUGCAGGUCGCCUGCCUUAAUGAGCCAGAGGCUCUGUUACCCACCAAGUGGGAGCUGCAAACCUUUUGCCAUAGGACAAUUUGACCCAGACACUUACCCAGGCUUGGAUGUGGAAAUCCUUGAAUGAGCAGCCAGCCUGGUAAACACCUCAUUGCAGCUUUGUAAGUGGGAUCCUACCGAGACUUCUGAUGUGCAGCAGUGGAUAAUAAACGGGCAGUGCUGUAUGUGGCUAGAUUUGUGGCAUUUUAAAAAAGCAACAGAAUCUGUCAGUCCUGAGAAGUCUCCAUAUGUGAUUGCCUGCGGCAGACUAGUUUGUAAGACAAGGUCUUACCUUGCACCCCAGGCUGAAUCUCCCGGUUCUGCCUCUCAAGUGCUGAUGUGCAUCACCAUGCCUGGCUGACUGAUGGUUUUUGACAUAAGACUAAACUCAUUCCUAGCAAGCCCUAUUCCUGGGUCUCUGCUAGGAUGUUUGGUGCCAGGACCCGUGUCUCCACUACAAGUCAGACUUGUGUUAGUUUUUGUUCUGUAAAACUGCCAGGAUGAAGCUGUAGGCAUCUUUUUCUCCUAGAUGCUCCUAAAUUAUACUGAGUUAAAGGCCUGCCAGAAGUACAGGAAAGAAUGAGGAAAGAAUAUUUUAGACCAGAUUGAUGAAGAAAAAUUCCCACCUUCGUGUUGACUUGCUGGUGUGUCCAACCUGACAGUGCAGAGUUCAUGGUCAAGUUCCAAAAACAAGGACACUGUUAAAAAGCUUUGAGUAAGUUUACAAUCUUGUAUUGUGCCAUUCAUUGCUGUCCUGGGCCACAGGCUGAACAUACCUGUAAGAGCUUUGGCUAUGACAGGUGUACUUUUUUACAAAAAUCAUUCAGCUGAGUGGCUCAUGGCUCAAACCCUGUGUUCCAACCAAGGUUUUGUGUUUACGUGGUUCCUAAAAUACCUGUACUUCCCAGCUAUUAACUGCUAAUGAGGUUUCUCAUCUUGGUUCACUCAGCCGUGCUUAUUAACCAUGCUGCCACAGCCUUGAAGGAAAUUAACAGAACUGAAGGAACCCAGUGAUUAAACACUGUCCUCAUCUUCACAUGGUAAGGGAUCAAGUCUCAGUUUGAGACUUUUAGAAAAGGGCAUUCCCAAGCUAUGUAGCAACUUUCACAGCUUGUAAAACUUCAACUUUGAUAGUUGAGGACUUAAAUGAUUAAUAUUAACAUAUAUGCUAUGCUAAUUAAUAUACUAAAUUUAAUGCAUGUGAACAUACAAUGAUACAAAGAUGACCACAGCCUUUUACAAAGAGAAAAAGAAUAAAACAACAAAGACACCCCAUUGAUUUUGUUGCCCAUGCCCCUAUACUCUAUCACGAGCUAACUGGACCUGUUCUGAAAUGCUCCCUUCCCAGUUUUGGCAUUACCUAAAACUCAAGUGCAAGAGCGGGCAGACAGCAGGUGACAGACAGCAGGUGACCUGUGUGCGUGUAGUGUGAACCCUGGGCCCUAGCAGGGCUCCUGCUACUCUGAACACAGGCUUGUUGUGGGGACAGCUAAAUACUGCGGUACUAAGGAGGCUGCUUCCUGCCACUGAGUUAGCAAUUGGUCCCAGAAUAGCCAGAGUGGGGUCCUUUAGCUUGCAUAGCACUCUGUUCUUUAUUGGAACUGCUCCAGCUGGGUAAGCGCACCCGAAGAGCAGUCUCUUGAGCCUUACAAAGAGCUGCUGGGACAGUACUGGCUGAGUCCACUAAGCCACUGUUUUCCCCAGUGGAGUCAAGGGCAGCUCAGUUGGAGCACUUCCUUCACAAAGUCUGUCUUUGAGUUGGGGGACAGUCUUGGAGCAGCCCAAGGAGCCCCUUUGCUAGGUUGCACCAGGUUCUCUUUUUCUCUGCACAUACUUGGCUCACAAUGUCUUCAUGGGUUGAAUAAUUAAUAACUGCAGUUAUACUUGAGGUACUUGUUGAAUUUUUAAAGGCAGAUUAUUUAUUUUCAAGUUUGCUGCUAUAAUUGAAACCUAAUAAUGUCCUGUUGACUGUGCCUUUCAUAACUGUCUCUGUGCUACAACUGUCCAUGUGUAUUUCAAAUAAAGAAGUUUGAAAAGCUAUGUUGAAUCAAGAUUCCUUCUAAUAAAAAUGGCUUAAACCAAUGAGUGGAUAGAAUUUUUGUAGCACUGGUAUUAAUCCGUUUUCAGAUAGUUUCUGGUUCCUCUUGAAUCUUUUUAAAAGGCAAGAA